AUGACGUCGCCGUUAAGGCUACGUCUCCUCUGCCUAAGCGCUGGUGUGGGCGCGUUCUUGAGCACCAGUGGCCUCCUCCGUCUCCACGAAGUCUUCUCGCCGUCUUCUUCUCCACCUCUGAAUCCACAGGAGCACACGAAGCAGCAGCAGCAGGACGCGGACCACCGUCUGGACGUUGCCUAUGACCGACUCGUUGUCGUGUUGAUUGACGCGUUACGCGCCGAUAUGGUCCUUGGAAGUGGUGCAAUGCGCAAGGAUCAAGAGGCUGAUGGAUAUGACGGAAAGGAGGAACUGAACGUCUUUAUGCCGUUUACGAGGGCGCUCGUGACGUCGGGAAGCGCUCUUGGGUAUGUUGCGCAUGCCAGUGUCCCGACUGUGACGAUGCCCCGUGUCAAGGCACUUGUGACCGGGAAAGCCCCUGUGUUUAUUGACAUUCUGAAAAAUUUCAAUUCAGGAGCUCUGGAGGAAGAUGCGAAUCUUGUGUCGUUGAUGGCUACAAGUGGGAAGCGCGUGGUGUUUUAUGGAGACGAUACGUGGCUCAAGUUGUUUCCAACGACGUUUGCUAGAGCUGAGGGGACUUCUGGAUUUUACACGAGGGAUACAGUUGAUGUGGACAAUAAUGUCACGAGGCAUCUGACGGAAGAGCUGGACCCGACGAUGCAGCAUGCGAAGAGUGGCGACUGGGACGUGUUGGUGCUUCAUUACCUGGGACUAGAUCAUGUUGGGCAUCUGCGUGGACCGAGAUCGAGACUCAUGCAGAAGAAGAUGCAGGAAAUGGACCGUGUCAUGCAGCUUGUAGUGGACUCGGUACGGGAACAAGACGCAUGGCGAAAGAAGAAGGAUGAGUCGGCUCGGCCGUCGCUGAUCUUGUUAUGCAGUGAUCAUGGUAUGUCAGAGGUUGGCAAUCAUGGCGGGGCCACACUGGAAGAAUCCUCGGCGCUGUUGAUGUUUAUGCGUGGUGACGGUGAGCCAAUGCUGUCCUCAGCUGAUGUUGCGUACAAGCAACAGCGCAGUCAGGUUGACCUGGUGCCUACGAUCUCUCUACUAUUCGGACUACCCAUUCCACUCUAUAGCACGGGGUUACUACUGGAUGAUGUUAUCCGUGCUUCGUCAGGGUCAGUUUUACGCCGCAGCUCAUACUAUGUGCGCGCGUUAUACCGCAAUUUCCAGCAGCUGUAUGCGCUUGCCAAGACAAAGUUUCCUGCCUCGGCGUUGGCGAGUUUUGACCAUCAAUUUGAAGUGCCUUUACACCAGCUGCACAAAGGCUUCCAACUAGAUGAAAAGGACUUUGACGUUGAUCACCAGACGACGGUGAUGGUGCUUCGAGCCUGUGAGAUAUUGCAGGCCAAAGUCGGGCAGAGUGAUGGUUCUGAGUACAAUAUGGUAGCGACCUUUUCCGGCCUGCUACUUUUGUUCGCUAGCAGUGUUGUUGCAACGGCAAUACUCAUAGCGCAUUAUCAAGUGGAUGUGAAAAGCAGAACGAAGCAAAGCACGAUCAACCGCUUGUUGUUUGCUGUUGUGGGUGUAGGCAGCGUGCUGCAGAUUGCCAGCUUGUCAUCAAGCUCAUCUAUCGAAAAUGAGCAUGCUACUGCGUUUUUCAUGACGACAUCAUUGCUCGUUACAGUCAUGAUUCUUCUGUUACGGCGAGAGAACUCGGCACCUGACUCUCCCCGUCCGGGUGCUGUGGUAGCAAUUGUUGGGCUGUUGCUGAUUGUUACACGUAUGCUCCGCGCACGCAACCAGGUCAUCAACUUCUGGCGACUUAAUGGGCUUGUGAUUGAUCCCAAAUUACCUGGAAAUGAAUUUGCAAAAGACGACUCUGUGUCGAUCUUGUCCACGGCUCCCAUGCUGCCUUCGAGCACUUUGCCUUUGGGUGUCUGCAUAGCCUUCGUAUGCGGGAUCGUGCUGCGAAAAACUGCACGACACACCAUAAGAGCCUUGCGGAUAGGAGCAUUGCUACAGUUCGUUGUGGGAGCUUGUAGCGGACUACUGUUUGGAGCUGGCAUGUUAGCUUGCCUUGCAGUUAAGGAACUUUCCAACAGGAUUGUCGUGGACGAAACAGGAUCUAGGUCAUGGACACGGUGGAUGCCACCGGACGCCGAUGCAAGUGCGCUUGUGGUGUAUGCAAGCAUCGUCUUCAUUUCGAUGUUUGCUGUCCUUGCUACACGAACUCUGCGUCUAUCGCUGGUUGAAAUGAUUGUGUGGCUUCUGGUUUGCCUGCUUCAGCGCGACGCUAAUUACCCGACACUGUGUCUGCUUUGUUUGCAACUGGAAUUGGUAGCCGUGUUGCUUGAGUACGAGUCGAGUCGUGGCAUUUGCCAUACUGGGAUCACUGUGGCGGGUCUAGCCUCGUGGCUAUCGCAAGCCGCUUUCUUUGCACUGGGGAACUCGCACCUGGUGACCACGGUUGACAUCAGCCAGUCUUAUCAUGGUUUGUCGUCGUACUCGCAAAGUCUCGUCGGCACAUUGACGUUUGUCAGUGUGUUUUCUGGUCCGCUUCUGUGCUUCGUACAGCUUGCUCAAUGGUUAGACACCACUGCGCCUGGUAAAACAUCGACAAAGUUCACUAGACUCUUGGUACUGGACAUUCCGCGGUCGACAAGUACAAGGUGGACAACUUGCCUCGCGUUGUUUGCUUAUCAAACGCUUCGUUUCGCCGUGUACACUGUCGUGGUUUCCUUUAUGCGCUUUCAUUUGUUUAUCUGGAGCGUCUUCGCGCCCAAGAUGCUGUACGAGUUUGCUCACCUUGCUGUGUCGCUCGUACUUGUGGUUAUGCUGGCCCCGUCCUCACAGCAAUGA